AUGGGCAGAAGAUCUCAUUCCGACCGCAACCUGUUAAAGCAUAAAAGGAGAGCGGAGAAGGAUUCAAAUGGCAACGGCUUAGAACACGAUGCUAUUACUAUUGAUGCUGCCAUCGAGAAGCCUUCAAUCCGAGCUGUAUGCAAAGAAAUGGCACCAGCUGAUUCAGAAUCCACUUUGAAAUACGCUCUAGCAGAGUUGAUACGCAAACCAGCUUCUCAGGAAGGCUGUGCUAAUUCGUCUUUCACGUCUAUUACUCAGAGCAAAUUUGCGAGGACUUUGACAUUGGAACAUGAGACUACCAGGGCCUCAGUAAAGAGGGAGCAGCGGGAGUGCCUUGGCUACGUCAAGUGCACUUAUAGUCGACGGAAUGUGGCGGCAAUAACUGCAGACGAUCUGACGGCAGCAGACCCCAUGUUAAAUGUCAUUCACAUUUUACACCAUAACUGUGUACCAGUGCCAGUUCACUGGCGGCUACGCAAUGGCAGAUUCUUGUCCGAGCAUGUGCCCAAGUACACAGUCGCUUCGAAACAUCAAAACGUGUACCAGAUACCUCUAUUUGCAGCAAAGCUCUAUAACCCAAAGGAUAUCUAUGCGAGAUUCCAGAGGUCGAGCAGAGAAAGUAAGCAGUACAGUGCUUCACAGACUGUUGUCAUAACCUAUGAGCAUCGUACCAAUUGGGUAACUAUACCGCUUCUCUCACAUGGAGACCUUUACCAAGAAGCGCGCAGCAGUAUAAUUGGUCGUUCCGCAUACUCUCCAGGCACCAUGUCUGAUGAGUUACGUGAAGCAUUGAACAUGCAGCCAAAUGAUCCACCUCCGUGGCUAGCCCGUCAAAGCCUAUUGCUUAAACCUUCAUGGCUCCAGGAUAUCUCCAUCGCAGCGCUGAACGUAUCUGCUCCUAAGCAGGAGACACCUCUGCUGCGCUUCUGA